AACGUUUACGAUUCAGCCACAAGAGGGCAGCAGUGUCCAACAUUUAUCCUUGGCACAACUGCGGAACCUUGCUAUCCGGAAUUCGGACACUUUUCUGCGGCGGACCAGCAUGGCUACGCUCAAAAGGGGGGCAGUCUUUUUUAGUUUCCUCAGGAGCACUGCUCGUGUCCUGUCCGGCAUUAGAACACCUGCAGUCUGUAAAGCGGGGCGAUGGACCAAGACACUGAACGCAACUGUGGCGUCUUUGGCCGUGGGCGCUGGACUCUGUGCUGUGCCUUUCACUCAGGUUGAACACCUUUCUCACGACUCCUUGGUCAAACGGGCAGCGUCUCUGGUAACAGACAGUUCGAGCACUUUUCUCUCUCAAACCACGCUGGCUCUCAUAGAUGCCACUGCACAGUACUCAAAAGCUGUGCACACACUUAUUGCUCUCCAAAAGCGAUACUUGGCUUCUCUGGGAAAACUGACACCCACUGAGGAGGACUCAAUUUGGCAGGUGAUCAUUGGUCAGCGUGCAAAGGUGAAUGACAAACACGAGGAAUGCAAGCGAUUCGAGUUAACCUGGACCAGCGCAGUCAGGCUAUGUGAAAUGGCAGCUGAGGCAGCGUAUACAUCAGGAGCUGAACAUGCAUCUGUCACGAUGAGGACAAACAUUCAUUUGGCCCAGUCACAGGUGGAGGAGGCUCAGAAACUGGCAAUGGAUGCAGAGCAGAAGAUGGCAGAGACUAAAGUAAUGGAGGUUGAAAGGAUGACACAGUAUGCUGCCUCCUUAGAGAAAAAUGAUGAGGUGGAGGAGGUGCCUGAGGCCUAUUUGAGAGAAGACUGAGAUAGACGAACAGUGGAAAACAUUAAAAAAUAACUAGCAUGGAAAAGUUUCAAACAUUUAAGAGCUUUGAUUUUGGGGAUUUGUUUUUAUUCACUAUUUAUUUCUGACAAUAAAGGCCAAUUAAAACCUAAAA